AUGACCACUCAUUAUGAGGAAGCUCCUGACUUACAAGAUGAGGCUGAGAGCACUGAGAAUGUAUAUCAUGAUCUUUUCCUCAACAACCUGCAGGAUUAUCAAAGAUCAUUUAUCAAGACAUAUUUGAAUGAGUUUUUCUCCACUGGCCAGGGACUCAUUGUCAACAUUGAUAUUGAUGAUUUGAUGAAGCAACUGACCAAUCAUACAUUCAAGAAGAUCACCACUGAGUGGAAAAAGCAGCCUCAGGCCAAUUCUGUGACUGCAAAAAAGGACAAAGAUAAGGACAAAGAUAAGGACAAAGAUGAGGACAAAAGCACAUCUGUAUAA